AAGGCCCAACUCCCCAUGCCCUCCCCAUCUUCCUCCUCGCUUCUCCAUUACCUGUCCUCCGCUCAUCACCUUCCCACUCUCUCUCUCUCAACUCUCAAGCCCAGGGAAGAAGGCACAGAGAUCCUACGUCUUACCUUGGAUCUGUUCUUUCUGCGCUUCCUUUCGCUUUUUCAUCUUUUCCGGUUGGCUUCUGCUUCUCCGACAGGAGGUUUGGCUAUGGCGCCUAGGUCGAAAUCCGGAGCGGCGGCAGGACUGGCGGGGGCCGUCCUCGCGAAGGAGGUACAUUACAGGGGCGUCAGGAAGAGGCCGUGGGGAAGGUACGCGGCGGAGAUUAGGGAUCCCGGGAAGAAGAGCCGGGUGUGGUUGGGAACUUUUGACACGGCGGAGGAGGCAGCCCGAGCCUAUGACGCGGCCGCGACGGAGUUCCGGGGUUCGAAGGCGAAGACGAACUUUCCGGUAGCCUACGCAUUACCCCUUACCAUCUCGCCUUGCGCCCGGGACGUCGGAGACGGGAACAACAUUCGGAGCCCCAGUCAGAGCAGCACCGUGGAGUCCACGAGCCGAGAUGGGGCUGGAUCCGGUGGCGAGAAGGAGGUGGCGCAUCAGCAGCUGAAGGCGGUCGAUCUCGACCUCGACCUCCGGCAUCCCAGCACCCCUGUCCCGGCACCGGCUGCCGUGGGUUGUUUUUUCCCCUUCCAUCCCCGCUCCAUCCCCGUCGCGCACCCGUUCUAUUUCUUCAAUGCGCUCGUCCGAUCCGAGAAGCCUCCCGCCGUCGCCUUCGACCCGCGUCUCGUCGGCAUCGAUGCGGAAGCGUUCCAAGCCGGCACCUCUGACGGCGGAGCCACCCACAGCGACUCCGACUCGUCGUCCGUCGUCGUCGACGUCCCGCAGCGACAGGGUCUGGAUUUCGACCUCAACCUCCCUCCACCAGAGUCCGCCUAACUUGGACCGGAUUCUGGGUACGUCCAAAGAACUGAACCCUCCGGCUUCGGGAUCUCUCUGCAUCCAUUUUUGCUUCCUCCUUACUCUCUCCUUUUUCUCUUUAACUACCGGAUCGGAGCCACCACCUAUUCGGCACCAUUAUGUACAUACAUCUACUUAUUUUUCUGUUUCCAAAUAUCGCGAUUAUGUAUCUUUUCAAUCAUGAAUCUAGCGAGAGCGCAUCGCCUGUGCUUGGUGAUGUGAACGUGAAAUAUAAUUUGACGGAACAGUUUUCUCA